UUUCACUUGUGAACUUAUGCGAAUGGCAGAGUCUGAGGCACUGAAGUAGCCUUGACCAUUGAAUUUAUUUGAAUUUUAACCGUUAGGUUUGAAAGUUGGGACCUAUACGGCAAUAAAUCGUCGACGAGGAGGAGGAGGAACCAUUGAUAUCCUUCUCUACAAACAGAUGGGCUAACGUCUUGUAAUUUGGCUCUUCCUCUUUAACUGCAUAAAUGGUGAACUUGUAUUAACGUCGUCCUGUAUUGCGCUCGCAGAACUCUUGGUGAACAGCUGACUGGUGAACGCUGGCAUCGCAAGUUACACUGACUUCAGUCAAUAACGGGAGAGGACCUGACGGAGUACAAAGAUGUCUGAUGAAAAGUCGAAGUUAACCUAUGUGAUAACUGGAGGGUGCGGUUUUCUUGGACAGCAUCUGAUGCGAGUGCUGUUGGAAAAAGAAGAAAAUAUUAAGGAGAUAAGGCUUUUUGAUAAACACAUUUACCCAAAUCUACAACAUCAGAGUACAGAGCAUGUGAAGGUUGUGUUGACACAGGGAGAUAUAACGGAUUACAGGAGCGUACAGUACGCAUUUAAGGGAGCAGACCUGAUCAUCCACACAGCUAGUUUGGUUGAUGUGUGGUACAGAGUCCCUGAAAAGACCAUCUAUGCAGUCAAUGUCCAAGGAACGGAGAAUGUAAUAAAUGCCUGUGUGGAAAAUGGUAUUCAGUAUCUGAUCUAUACUAGCUCCAUGGAGGUGGUUGGUCCGAAUGUAAAAGGAGAUACAUUUAUCAGAGGGGAUGAAGAUACUCCAUAUAAUGUAUUCCAUGAGAUGGCUUACCCUAAAACCAAAGCUGCAGCUGAAAAAAUGGUGCUGGAAGCCAAUGGCACAAAGGUAAGGGGAGCAGCUACUCUCUACACAUGUUCUCUGCGACCAACAGGUAUCUAUGGGGAACAGCAUCAGCUCAUGAAGGACUUCUACAAAAAUGGGGUCCGUACAGGUGGUCGGGUUAUCAGAGGAGUUCCACGGGAUACAGAGCAUGGACGGGUCUAUGCAGGUAAUGUGGCUUGGAUGCACUUGCUGGCAGCACGUGCUCUGCGAGAGCAUCCUGAAAGGCUGGGUGGGGAAUUUUAUUUUUGCUACGAUGACUCGCCAUACAAAAGCUACGAAGACUUCAACAUGCAAUUUCUGUCGGCCUUCAAAUUUCGAGCAUUACAGGUGCCGUUGUGGGUGCUAUGGUUUAUAGCAUGGAUGAACGACCUGCUGCGCUGGCUCCUUAAGCCAUUUUACAACUACACACCACUGCUCAAUGGAUACACACUCGCAGUGGCCUGCACGUCCUUCACUGUGAACACAGACAAGGCUUUUCGACACUUUCAAUACCAACCACUCUACAGCUGGGAGCAAUGCCUGGCACGCACACAGAGCUGGGUGAACACGUUUCCUUUAGAAACCAGCACAAAGAACACUUAACAGCUUCUUGAUGUAUAAUUAACAUACCUGUGGUCAAAUUGUGCCACAUGAGAUUUUUUUUUGUCAAGCAAUAGGUUUCUCUUAUUCAUGGCUUCUUGUAUUAUGCCACCCUAUUCAGACAAGUAUACACUGUUUGAGUCUAAAAUACUAUAGCAAUGCACACAAUAUGUGCUUUAUGUAAACAAUUAAAACUGGUUCAGCUAAAUAGAACAUAGAAUUACUGCUGUCAUGAUCUAUUGUGCAGAUAAAUAAUAAAUUAAAUGUAUUUGAUUAAAUUAUUCAGGGAAUGGUAGCAGUUGGAGGGAUAUGCUUUACAUCACACACAGCAUUUUUAUGUUCUUCUGUGUGCAACUUCAAAAUGUAUGACUCAAGCGAUCUUGACGGAAAUAUAUCAAUACAGAAAUGUGUCAUAUUCUUUUGUCUGAUGGCUGCAGUUGUAGCAGAAUGUACUUUAUCAAUGUUAUACAACAAUGUAUACAAACCACCAUAUUUACUUGUUUAUUUAUAAUAUAAACCUUAAUAGUUUUGCCUUUUAUUUUAUUUAAUUGUUUGAAUAAAACACUUCUGUAAAAAAGAAUUGAAAAGCAAAAUAAAAAAUUAACU